AUUCAUCAGCCUAGGACGUCCAAGGAGCGAAAACCUGCCCACUCCAUCCAUGUGACUCUCAUCUCCCUCUGGGGAGGGGGAUAGCACAGGGCGGGUCUGGAAAGCUGGGAUACAUCAUUCUGGCCUCCGUACCCUUCCCUUUCUCAGUCCAUUGGGAGGCAGAAGACAGGAAAUGACUGCCAUGUAUGUGGUAUGAUUUUUUACUGAAACAGCACUUUGUAGCCCAGGCCCCGUGCUGUCCGCAGCUAUUUUUCUCUCUGAUACCAGCCAGGUGGCCCCGUCCUUUGUGUUCCCCUCCUCACCCCCUCACAUGACUUCAGCCUUUGGAUUCUCAGCUCCUGGCUGCUUUCCACAUUCCACUGCUCUUUCAGAACCCGGGCAUCCUGGCCUCCAGCUGAAACCGCUGCAUGUGGCUUCCCCCACCCCUGGCCCCGUGACUCAGGCCCUCUGAAGGGACCAGCCCUCUUCUUGGCACUCACCGGGGAGGGGGGAAGGGGGGCCAGGUGGUGACAUCACAGCUGAGGGGUAUAAAAGCUUUGAACCAAAACAGAAUUGAAAUUGAAGACACUGAGAAAACCUGACUGCGCAGCCUGUGCUCCUGGGGACCUCUUAGGACCCCCGGCCUGCUACUCACUGCAUCAAGCCCUACCCACUGACUCCAUGCCGGGCUCUCCCUGCCUUCUGUGGCUCCUGGCUGUCACCUUCUCCUUGGUUCCCAGAGCGCAGCCCUUGGCGGGAGACUCGGAAGAAGAGGAGCAGGAUGAGACACCUUUGCCGGCUGUCCCCUGCGACUACGACCGUUGCCGCCACCUGCAGGUGCCCUGCCAGGAGCUGCAGAGGGCCGGCCCGACGACGUGCCUGUGCCCUGGCCUCUCCAGCGCCGCGCAGCCGCCCGACCCGCCACGCCUCGGGGAAGUGCGCAUGGAGGCCGAGGCGGGCCGCGCCGUGGUGCACUGGUGCGCCCCCUUCUCCCCGGUCCACGAGUACUGGCUGCUGCUUUGGGAAGGCGCCGGGGCUCCGCAGAAGGGGCCCCCCCUCAACUCGACGGUCCGCCGAACGGAGCUGAAGGGCCUGAAGCCCGGGGGUGCAUACGUCGUCUGCGUGGUGGCCGCCAACGCGGCUGGGGAGAGCAGCGUGCCCGGGGCCGAGGGCCUCGACGGCGCGGGCGGCCCCGCCUUCGGGCCCUGCGGCCGCCUGACCGUGCUGCCGAGGCCGCUCACGCUGCUGCACUGGGCCGUGGGUGUGGGCUCGGCGCUGGCCCUGCUCAGCUGCUCCGCCCUGGUCUGGCACUUCUGCCUGCGCGAGCGCUGGGGCUGCCCCCGCCGAGGCCGUCCGAGCAGCGCGGGACUCUGAGGCCGCCCGGGGGCCUCUCCGGCCAGGCUAAGCCCGGCGCCGCUCCGGGGGAGGUGGCGGCCCCGACAGACGGCGGCGGGAUGGAAGGCGGGGCGCUGGGCCCCCGCUGAGUCGGUUCAGGCCCCAGACUUCCCACUCUGCCCCGAGCCUAGGUUUAGGAGUAGAGAAGGUCGGCAAAUUUUUUCUUAACGGACCAGAAUAAUUUAGGCUUUGUGGUUCCAGGGGAUAAAAUCGAAGAUAUCAUGUAGUUCUUACACAACCAUGUAACCAUUUAAAAAUGUAAAAAUCAUUCUUAGCUCUUGGGCCUUACAAGUCAGGCCCCGGCCAGAUUUGGCCCGUUGGCUACGGUUAGUCUACUUCUGUCGUACAGCCUCAAAAGGGCCCUGCCACUAUGGGUGGCUUCCUUGGGGUUUUGAGAAUAAGCUGCUGCGGGAUGGGAGUCUGGGGCUAGAGACCACUCCUUCUCCUUCUGCCUUUUUGUUUAGAUAGUGAGGAUGCACACUGAGUUAGAAUCUACCCGUGUCUGACGCGGGUGGAAAUAAAUGACUGACAUGGGGUGGAGAAGAGAAGGGCUGCCCAAGCUGCCCUCUGGGACAAGCUUGCGGUUUUGCUAGUAAAAAUAUAAUAAUAAUAAUACAGUAAUAACAAAGGAUUCCCCCUCCCCCAUUUGCGUUUACUGUAUAUUCACUGUAACAACAUUAAAGGAGAUGUAAAAGGAAGACGUUUUCCAUUUUCAUGAUCCUUUUCAAUUCCCUGUCCACACACUGAUUUUUCGGAGUAGUAUACAUACUUUGGAGUUUAUUUUUAAAUUAACUGGAUGUAGAAAAGUCGAAGUUGCUACACAGUUUAUUCCUCACUUUUACUGAUCUUAUAACCUUUUUUUAAAUUAUAAAAGUAACACAUACAAAUUUCAGUAUUGAAGAGGAUAAAAUGAAAGUUCCCCUCCUCCUCAAGAGGUAAUUGCCUGUAGCAGAGCAAAUUUUUCUCUAAGCAAUGCAAAUAUAUUCUGUUCUCAUUCAGUAUAUUAUGGACAAUGUUCCAUGUUGGUAAAUCACAGCCUUCUUAGUUAUGUGAAAGGCAUAACUUGCCAUUGGAGGAUGCUCCUGAACUGACAAUAGCCUUGGCUCUUUGUUAGAACAUUUGUCUUCAGCGUUUGCUAUGGACAUCCUUGUUCGUUUGUGUAUCCUCACAUGUUUGUGUAUUUCCAUAGGGUACUUACCUGGAAGUAGGUGAGAGAGGCAGUACUAUACAAUUUAAUCAUUCUUCUAUUAUUGGAACUCUAGAAUAAAUUUAGAACACAUUUGUUAUUUAGAAUACACUCACCAUAUUGCCUUGAAUACUUUGUCCUUUUAAUUUGAUUCCUGUAUUUCCUCAGCAUUUAUUCAUUUACAAAUAAUGAGGGCCUACUAUCUCACUUUUCUGUUCUUUUUCCCGUACUUUUUAUUCCCUACUGUCUUGAUAUUAAAGAUGCGCUUUACAUGCAUUCGUACUUAAUCUCGUUCACAAUCGUUCUAAGAGAUGGUGUCACCUUUUCACAGAUGAGAAGUUUGAGGUUCUAAAUGGUUUGAAGCUAUUCAAUACAAGUAAGGAGGUGAGUUAGGAUUACUCGACCCAAGUUGCCCAACUCCAAAGCUGAUGAUCUUCAUUCCACCACAGAGAGGCAGCACAGCCUAGCGGUUCCAGAACGCACACUGCAUGGGUUUGAAUCCUAGCUCUGCGACCUUCGGUAAAUUAUCUCAUCUUUCUGUGUCUGUUUCCUGUGACUAAUAAUAGUAUCUACCUCAUAUGGAUUGUUGUGAUGAUUAUGAAUUAACCAUAUAAAAUUCUCUAGUGCAUAUAUUAUCAAUAUCAGCAACUUAUUAUUCUGCCUCCUAAAAAACAUUUAAAGUGAGCUUUAACUUAAGGGACCUAACAGCCUAGGUAGUGGCGGCGGGCUAAGUAAUCAACAAGACUACACACCAGGGGGACAAAUGCUAAUGGAGUAAAUACCGGGGCUCGGAGGUGGAGAGGGGGUGGUCAAGGCAGGCUUCCCUUAGAAAGCAAACCCAGGGACUUCCCUGGUGGUCCAGUGGUUAAGAUUCCGCGCUUCCACAGCAGGGGGCGCAGGUUUGAUCCCUGGGGACCUAAGGUCCCACAUGCGGUGCGGCCAAAAAAAAAAAAAGGAAAGAAAAAAAAGAAAGCAAACCCAGGGUCCAGUCCGAAAAACGACUGGGAGUUAACCAAGCCCACAGAGGGGGCCGGACAUCCCAGACACAGAGGGACGGGUAUGUGCAAAGGCCGGGAGGAGGGAGAGUUUUGCAAUCUGCACAAGUUACCCUCAAGUGGUGAGAGAUGAACUCCGCACCAACUACCAACAUUUACACAGUAUAGUCUAGCCAGGCACCUAAGGUUGGUGCUAUUGUUAUCCUCACUUUACAGAUGGGGCAUUAACAAAAGAAAGGGUAGGAGGAAGCCAGACUACCAGCAUUUAAGUUUUGUCCUAGGUGACUGAGGUGUCAUGGAGAAGUCUUAAUCAGGGAGGUGAUGACAGGAUCAGUUACUGUGUUUUGCAAAGAUCCCUUUGGCAGUCGCGCGGAGGAUAGCUCAAUUGCCGGAGAGGAUGAGCAGGUCAAAGGGUGCGCACAUUUCUACGGCUCUUGAUAAACACUGCUAAAUAAUUUUCCAACCGGUUGCGCUAAGGGGCCAUAUCGAGAGCUGUCUUGAUUCGCCCAAGGGUUUCAG